AUGAUCUUUCCCUCCGUCGCAUUGCUGUCGUUGGCUGCUAGCGCUCUGGCCAGCGCUGUUCCACAGGGCGCUAAUACCUGGAAAACCCUCGAGUCGAUACCAAUUGCCCCGCGACAAGAACACGGCGUCGUCGCACUCUCGGACAAAGAAAUCGCCAUCAUCGGUGGAAUCGUUCCCAAUAAAGAUGCCGAUGGCUUCCAAACUACAGACCUUAUCCAAUUUUACAACACGCGCUCGAAUUCAUGGCGACGAUACGUUACCGAAGCACCCGUCAAGGUGAACCAUCCCAACGUCGCUGCCGUCAAUGGCAAGAUCUACCUGCUAGGCGGUCUUUCAGAGGCCGCUGAUGGUGCUUGGAGGGCAUUCCCCGAAUCAUGGGUGUAUAAUCCCGAUCUUGAUGAAUGGACGGAAGUGGAGCCUGUUCCUGAAGAUCAAGAAAGAGGAAGCGCUGCUAUGGGUGUCUACGGCAACAUCAUCUACAUGGCUGGCGGUAUGCGCACGCUCGAGCCAAUUGGUCCAGGUGGAGAACAAGAUACUGUCGCCUUUGUCUCAGCAUUUGACACAAAGACUUCAAAGUGGCUUGAUCUUCCCAAAGCCGCGCAAGCCAUUCCCGAAGGCCGCGAUCACGCUGCCUCUUCCGUCGUCGGCAACAAAAUGUACGUCCUAGGCGGUCGUCUUCGUGGACAGCGCAACGUCAAAGACACAGUCUUCAUCCUCGAUCUUGACGAUCUUGAGAAAGGCUGGACCACCAGCGAUGCCAAGAUGCCCACUCCUCGUGGCGGGGUUGUUUCCGGUACCGUCGGCAAGAAGAUCUACGUCCUUGGCGGUGAAGGAAACAAUGCUGAGGAUUCCGAUGGUAUCUUUAACGAAAUUGAGGUUUUUGAUACCGUCAAGGAGAGCUGGGAGAGCGUGGGCAAGAUGACCUUGCCAAGACAUGGUGGACAGGCUGUUGCUGUCAAGGGUGGUAUCUACCUUCCAGGUGGAGGAAUCUCGGAAGGGGGUUCGCCGGUUCAGACACUUGAUGUGUACUGGCCUUGA